AUGAUGCAAUUAGCAGACUUGGAUAUAGAACAAAAGAUUGGUGAGAGUUCAAAAGUUUUAAAAUAGUUUGAAGAUGAUAUCAACCUGAAGUUGAUUAAAAUGGCAAAAGAAGCUAAUGAGGCAUUGCAAAUAUAAGAACAAGAAGCUAAAUUUAAACUUUAAGAAAUGUAGUAAGAGCUUAAUAGAUAGGAUUCUAUACAGACAUAUUUAGUGAAGCAAGCAAGUAAUUAGGAAGUUGAAAAAGAUCCUGAAUAUAUGAGGUAUAAAAAGAAGUUAGAUAAUUUACUCAGCGAGUUUCAAACUAUAUCGUAAGAUGAAAGAUAAAGCGAAUUAAUGAAUUUAUAGCACACUUAAACGUUUUAAAAUGUCACAACAGACAAAUAAAUAUAUGAAUAAUUAUCAUCAUAAGCAAAUUAGCAUCAUAAUCAUACAUAAAAUCCUUUAAGUUUACGCGAUAGGUAAUACAGUUUUAAUAAAUCAAUAAUAUCAACAACGUAAAGAAAUAAUUACGAAGAUCUUUAGGGUUGGAAUGCAAACGAUAACUAAAAACUUUGCAGUGCAAUUUGCAGCAGUAACGAUCUUAGCUAAAAUUAGUUAUAAAUUCCCUCAGGAAUAGGAAAUAAAUUUCAAAAAACAAGUAAGUUUAGUUAAAAGCAAAAGAGCGUACUUUAAAAUGAAACAUUAAAUGAUGAUUAAAGAUAAAAUACAUAAACAAACAUGAAAUUAUAUAUAGCUUUUCCUGAUGAUCAAAUUUCAAAUCCAGAAUACCUAAACUAUGAUUUGAAAACCAGGUUCAAAAUGUAAUUAUAUAGAGUAGCAGAAUGCUUUUUAGUUAUUAUUAUAGUUGUCAUUAUCUUUAUGAUUUACUAGUUUUAUAUUAAAUGA